AUGGCUUUGUUGCCAAGCUCUUCUUUAUAUGAUAACCUCAACAUUUACAGACGUCAGAUUCGUCUACUUGACAUUUGUUCUACAGAGCCAGACACAGAAUGCCGUCUGGAAGUAGUAGAUUUGGAUCAGUCAUUGCAUUUCCACGCGCUUUCUUAUGAAUGGGGUAACCCUGGAGUUACCGAGGCCAUCACUGUCAAUGGCCACUCCAUACAAGUCACGGAAAAUCUAGCAAACGCCCUAAGAUACGCCCCCAAACAUCUAGAGUCUACUGAGGGAAGACUGAGAAUUUGGGCAGAUGCGAUAUGCAUCAACCAGAAGAGUGAAGAAGAAAAGAACCACCAAGUUCCUUUGAUGGGUGACAUAUAUUCUCUGGCCGACGUCGUACUCUGCUGGCUUGGGUUGCCCUCUGAAACAGUCAUGCGAGGAAUGGAAGCUGUCCAAACCAUAGCCUAUAACCGCAGCAUUCAUGGAGCUGACCGCAAGGACCCUCUGUUGGAUGCCACACUUUGCCAGGUGGCAGAUUCUCUCGGUACAGAACUUGACAUGCUUGGCUCUGUCGUCGACGAAGCUACAAAUGAGUUGGAGACUGUGAAUACAAGCGACGCGAGUAUUCUGUUUGAGAUACUAGCCCGAUCGUGGAAUGCAUGGCCGACAAAAUGCAUACAUGAUGCAAGCGAUGGCAUUGCUAGCGUGCUGAGAACUCCGGGACGCAUAAGGUCUAAUCAUUUGUCAUGGUCUUCAAAAUUGAGGCUCUUGUCCCUGAAGAUCGAAACGUUCCACGAGUACCUCUGUACAAUGUAUCUACGCAUAAUUGACGAAACAGAGGAAUAUCUGCCUCUUAUUACUGGAGAACUUGCCGCCCGUCUGACGCGAACUCUACGGGACAUAAUCACGAAAAUAGAUGAGUCGGAGGGUGCGGUUCCACGAUUUCAAGACCUUACAGAGAGGCUAGAGAAGGAAGUUCUAUCGGUUCGAAAUACCGCGAAUUUUCAAUGGCUAGAAGAUCAUACAUUCCUCUAUCAGGAAAUUCCAGGUACCGUUUGGACUGAGACUGGCACCUAUUUCAUGGUGAUGAUGUUGGCUGAAUCAUACUGGUUGCGAGUAUGGACUUUCCAGGAGAUGGUUCUUGCCAGCCGACCUAUAUUUGCCUGCGGGGACCGCUCCAUGUCUUGGUCGUCUCUCCAUUCAGUUCUUUGCUGGGCCUUUAGGCUGCUCAACGCCGUUCCUGAACAGCGGCCACAUUUUGUGCUGCAAGAGCAAUGGAGCUUUCUAAAACGUCUUUAUAAGCACUAUCUUGGUCAUCUGAGACAGUUGGCUUCAAGCAGAGCAGAGGUGAGGAGCCUAGAAAUAUUGGAUGAUACAAUGGGCAUCUCAGUCAGAGGAAACAUAAACAUGAAAGCCACUCACAACUGGGGCCACUCAAGUGCGCUCAGGGCUACCAACCCCAAAGACCAUUUUUAUGGCUUCCUUGGUAUCUGCCCUCUUGGCCUUGUGCCUGACUAUCGGCAAUCUAAGUCAAUUGGUCACGUAUCUGUUGAUUUCCUGACAGAGUAUUUGAAAGCUCAUCGGCAAGGAUCUGGCCACGUCGAAAUUGAAAGAGGAGAGCUCAUGCCGCUGACCGAUGCGGGUAUUGGGCAUGGAUGGUUUAUGUACCCUGAUACUCCAUCCUGGGCACCCAACUAUCCAGGGAUGACCCAUUUGAAGGACUUUGACAAGGUUGGGCAUCCAAUCCAAACGUUCCUGCAAAACGGACGAGACCUGGAUGAGAUAUUUGGUGGGAUGCAAAAAGCUGAAAUAAUGGGAAGCAAACUACUGGUUUCGGGUAUCCUCCUUGACGAGAUAGUAGCAGGUGGCCCGCUGCGAAGCCACUUUGCCGAACUUUACCGCAAUAGUACUUCCAAAGAAGCGGUACAUGCCGUAUCGUGGACAAUGGAAUAUAUAAUGGGCCGAGAUAAGUACCCAACGGGGUGCCAUCCUCUCGAAGGGCUGUAUACUGCACUGCGGUAUGGGACCAUUGGGAGGCAUAAAGACAAUGAAGAGUCCGACAUAACGACAGAUAUGAUGUUUCAAGACCACAUCAGCUUUGCUAGAAUGUUGAUGCAUCACUUGAUUACAGAAAGCAAUACCGAAAUCCCGGAAGAAAGUCAACUGAAAGGCAACAGAUUGAAAUAUCUGUAUGCACUGUUAACAGAUCUCAACGUAUCUGACUGGGAUGAGACUCUCAUCGAAAUUGGAAACGACGUUUUUUUCAUGCAGCAGCUGCUGUCAGAAACGCAGAAUGGAUAUGUUGGAGUGUUUCCGCUCCAUACCGUAACUGGAGACUUGGUGUGCUGGCUAAAUGGAGCUGAUCAACCGGCAGUUCUUAGACGGGUUGACAACCACUAUGUCCUCGUCGGCAAAACUGCGGAAACAGUAGAGAUCUGGUAG